AUCGUCAACGAAGGCUAUCGCCAUGUAUCGAUGAGCAACGACAGUCCGUCCCUAACAGCAACGCGAAAGGUUUUUGUCUUGCUUUCUUGUUGCUUUGUGUGAUUCUCGAGUCUCUGUUCUGCGUCUGCGUCCCGUUCUCGUGGCAACGAACUGAUUUCGCCCCGCGUUCGUGCUCAAUCGUAAAUUCGAAAUAAAUUAAAAAUGUCUCGCAGUUCGUACCUGUUGUGUGUGCUGUUUUUAGGCGCCAGCUGCUUGGUUUUUAGUGCGAGUGCAGCGCGGAACAAUCGAAGGGGUUACAAGGCCACGGAGCCGCCCACCACCACCCAGCCCCCGCCGACGGCCAAGGAGUAUCUGGACAGUCAACCCGGAAUCUCCACAUUCGGCAUCAUCGCCAUCAUCUUCACCGUUAUCGUUCUCUGCCUCGUCUUCUACUACGGCAUCAUUUGCUACCCCUUACUCUGUCGCGAUGAGAAGAAAUAUCGGUUUAUGGACGUAUCCUCGACCAUUACCGCCGCCACAUCGCGAUCCAUUCAGUCCAUAGAGAACUAUCCCGACCAGAAGCACCACCAUACGUUGGCCUGAUUCGAGGUGUAGUGGUUUAGUAGUACUUCUAUUUAGUAACGCGAAAAAGACUUAAAUGCCAGCCAGAAACGAAAAUCCAUUAGUAUGACUACAGAUUUAGGUCCUAAGUCUUAACAAGAAAUAUCUCGAAUUUUAUCUCUAUAUACCCUUUUUAAAUUUCCUAUAUUUUUGAUCGAAUUUCGUAACAAAACAGUACUGCAUAUAGCAAUAACCAGUUGAGGAGUUCGCUGGAAAGGGAAUUAAUCAUUCAUAAUUGUAAAUUGGGUUUCCUACGCAUCCCCGACUGUUUCUUUAUCUGUUGCUUCUCUUAAUCCCGGACUCAACAAGUUUGGCCUGUCCUCUGGCCCUUUUUCCUUGUCCCUCCUGCAUCUUUGGCCUUUUUUUAUUUCUUUUAAUGCAGGUAGUUUUAGCCGUUUACUCACCGCUGUGUUUUCUGUUCUUUUUUGUUUGUGGGACAGAGCCAAAUUGUGGCAAUUGAGUCACGUUGCCUGGUUGUUUCUUUCGAAAUCCAAGGGAAUUUAGCGAUCUUUUUUGUACCUUCUUCACGCAACCCAAUUUGCAUUAAGAAUCCGAAUCGUACUAACAGACGAACUCUUUGUGAUGCCUCGAAUUUUCCAAUACAUUUUUAAACGCCGAUUCGCGUCCCUUUAUACACAGGUUGUACUUAAAUCGAAACCAAGUACUUAAUUAAUAUACCAUGCCAAUCAUAGUUUAAGCGCCAAUUUGCCACCACGAAUACAUUUAAGAAAUCUUCAGUUUGUGCAUUUAGACCAGCAUGAGUAUCCUUCUAUAUAUUGUGUCAAAAAUACGUUUUUAGACGUUAUCUAGCAUUAAGUCUAUCAAAUUUUAUAUACAAAUCUUUUUUGGACCUUUUUAUGUGAGUUUUACAUAAAAUAAAUGGUUUUACCGCAGCAAACGGUAAAAUUCUCACACA